GGCGAACUACGGUGCUACUCGUUCGGUUGACUUCGGUUCGUGUCGCGUGGAGGUUAAGAUAGUUUGCGCGUUUUUCAUAUUAGCUCAGUUUUAAUUCGUCGUUCAACAAGUAACAACAAUUGCUCUUCAAUGGCGGCGGCAGAUGAACAAUUCGAGCAGUAUGAAGAGGAAGAAACAAAUGAAGCCUCUAUGAUGUUAUCAUCAGUGGGCAGAAAAAGAAUCUUUAGCAAAGAAUUGCGAUGCAUGAUGUUUGGUUUCGGCGAUGAUCAGAACCCCUACACCGAAAGCGUUGAUAUCAUCGAAGAUUUAGUCAUUGAAUUCAUCACUGAAACGACACACAAAGCCAUGGAAAUCGGUAAAACAGGCCGCGUUCAAGUGGAAGACAUGGUUUUCCUCGUCCGGAAAGACGCUAGAAAGUACGCCAGGGUCAAAGACCUGCUCACAAUGAAUGAAGAACUGAAAAGAGCUAGGAAAGCUUUCGAUGAAGUGAAAUAUGCUGUAACAACUGGAAUGGAAUGAGCUUACAUCAAAACCCAACUGCAUGGAAGUGUCUUUUAAGUGAAAAGAAGCAGCGCUUAAUUGAAACAUAAUAUAAAUAUGAAUUAGAUUUCAUCCGCCAUGUUUCUUGCCGACAUAAUGACAUCGUUGAUACCGACACCAUGAUACGAACUUCCGCAAAGAUGCAAUUUCAGGCGCUUCGCAUCGAUAUACCGCUGAAUAAGUUCGAGGUUCUCCUUGUGCCCUACUGUAUACUGCGGAAUCGCAUUUUUCAAUAGAUUAACUUUGUAAUUA